AUUCAGAAGAAUAAAUUUCAGGAAGGUGUUAUGGCAAAGGCAAGGAUCGAGCCGUCAAAAGGCCAGCAGAACAAGGCUGUGAACACAAUCCAAGGAGCGGUGUCUUCAGCAAGGACAGUUGCCUGGAAGCUUGCAAAGUCAACAGGAAGAGCUGGCUGGAUUACAGCCACCUGCUGCCUUGUGCUCCUGGUGCCCCUCAUCAUCGAGAUGGACCGUGAACAGCAACUAGUGGAGUUUGAGAACCAGCAGCUUGGAGCUCUCACGGGGGGCAGCACCACCAAGUAAAAUAGUCAUGUCGAAGACAGCCCCCGCGGGGCUGCUGCAGCUGUAUCGCCAGAUCUUGCGCGCGCAUGCGAGCGUGCUGCCGCCGCCGCUGCGGGUGAUGGGCAAUUCGUACGCCAAGGAGGAGUUCCGGCGGCACAGGGACGCCAAGACGACGCCCGCGCAGUGGAGCGCAUUCGUGCAGGAGUGGCAGCGAUACCUGAGCAUGCUGCGCGGCAAUGCAGACCUUCCGGAGGGCAGCGGAGACAUUCCAGAGGACGUGCUGCAGAGCUUGAGCGCCGAGCAGAAGGCCCAGUUGGCCCGGCUACAGGAGGAAGCCGCGCGCGCAAGAGAAGAGAUCCUGUCGGGCGCGCCGCGAGAGACCUGAUCGUUGUUCCUGCCGUUGCAGUGUAUUUCCUGGUGCAGCCAUGCAUUUUGUGGUGAAGCAUCUGAUGUCAACAAUUACAAUGGGAUUGUGAGGUCUAUGUUGACGGCGGGCGUAUCCUGCAGGGUACGUUGAUCAGUAACGAGGCUGAGUGAUGCUCACCUGGCAUGGGCAGCAUGCUCCUACUCGGUGGUUGAGGCAAACAUGCAUGCAUAUGCUAAGCUGGUUGUUUUUUUGAAGAAACUCUGGGCAGAUGCUCACUGAGGCACACCUAAGGACUUAGUUCAUCUUGCACGUGUAAGCAAUAGUAGCCAU